AUGUUUACUUCCUGUUUGUGUCUACUUGUUCCUGUGGGCUACAGCAGCCAGCUAGCAAGAUAAACUCUUCUCCCUGCAAGUUAGUGACAGUAUUGCUGUCCUGUCUGUUGAUGUUGAAUUGUUGAAACGAUGAGUUUGUGAGUUAAAUGUCUCUUCUCGAAGUUGUGUCGUUAAAGUUAAAGGGUAACGUCACAUGAAAAAGUAGCAUACCUUGGCUAGCGUUAGCUUAGUUGCAAAAAGAGAAGCAAGCUGAGAUUUACGACACGACUACAUCUAUUUUCUUUUUUCUGACUUCAUAAAUAACACAUUUCCAGCCCUACUUAUUUCCUCACUUCAUGUAGCUACAAACGUAACGGGUUUAUGAACACAUUGAGUGUUUUGGCCGUGCUUAUUCCCACUUCAGUCGGAGCUAGCUCAGCUAGCUAGCUAACGUACAGUCACAACAGUCACUAAUGCAACAAUGAACAUUCUCCCGAAGAAGAGCUGGCAUGUUCGCAACAAAGACAACGUCGCUCGCGUGCGGAAGGACGAGGCCCAAGCAGCAGAGGAGGAGCGCGAGGCCACCCGUCGCGUGGAGCGUGCUGAGCAAGAGGCUCGUACAGAGUAUCUGAGAGGGAAAUCCCGAGCUGCUCUCGCGUCAGCAGGAGAAAAGAGGGACGAUGAAGUUGUUGAUGAACGAAGUGGAGGAAGUGGAAUCCUGGAGCAUCUUAAUCUUUUUCCCCUGGAGGAGUCGUCAGAGAAGAAGGGGAAUGAGGAGUAUCUCAAAGACAAGAAAGCUGAAACGGAGAAGCAGGAACGAGCCAUCGGCUUGCUGGUGUCUCUGGGACCCCAACCAGGGUCUGAAGUCACUCCGUGGUACAUGAAAACCGGCAAAGAAAAAGAAGAAGAUAGAGAAAAAGAAGUGAAGAAAGAAAAAGAAGAGAAGAAAGAAAAGAGGAAGGGAGUAAGUGAAGAAGAGAGAGAGAAGAGAGAUCGCAGAACGAAAGAUAGUUUAGACCCAUUGAAAGAUAUGAAGAAAGCACUCGCUGUAAAGGACAGAAAAUACAACUACGGCAAGAAAAAGGAAAAGAGAGACAAAGGGGAAAGGAGGAGCAGUGGAGAGAGCUCCAUAGAAAGGUUACGCGCUGAGCGCUUACAGAGGGAGACUGAGGAAAGGAGGAGAACCCAGGCCCUUCUCGACCAGAGGAACGGCAAAAGGAAGGAGCCAGGGACGGAGACGACUGAGAGGGAGAAGCCGUACAACAGCGCAUACUUCCCAGAACUCGCCAGAAAGCGUCAAAGGCGGGAUCGAGACAGCUGGAGAGAGGAAAUAUUAAAAUCAUGAACUAUCUUUAUAGGACUGUGAUCUGUGAUGGAUGGUUAGUGGACAAAUAACAGUGUGAAGCAAAUGUAAAAAAGUCAGGAGUAAAUAAGUAAACAGGGAAAGUGUGACAAAGUCGUUUUAGAGCCACAUGAAAGGAAUACGUCACGCCCCCAAAAUGAUCAUUUGAAUAUCAAUUACUCACCAAUUGGGGAGGGGGGGGGGGCGCCUUUAAUACCAGCAAAACCAUAUAAAAACAUUUGUUUACAAAAUCUCACACAGCUCGUGCAGUUUGUUUCUUAUUUAUCCAGUCAUAUGCUCACUACUUCCCAAACAUGCAUUUCUGCUUAAACCCUACUAAUUUAAUACACUUCCACAUAAACAGGUGCGCGACUCUUUCGUUGAGAGUACUGUUAAGACGGAAGUGUAUUAAAUGGUAGUGUUUUAGCGAAAAUGCAUUGCUGAUACACGCAGCCCCCAUUUACUUUAAUUUAUCAAGAAUUUUCUCCGUUUUUUUGGAUUCUUUGUUCAUUGUCCUUAAAGACUUGUAACAUGGUCAUGUUAUUUUCAGUAAGUUAAUGAAGAGGCAGUUUGUAGGCCUCUUUUUAUUUCUUUUAUUUCACCCAGAAAAUCCGAGGUCAGGUUCAGUUACAGUUACUUUUCUCCCCUGCAGCGUUUCGCUCACGAUCUCGUCAGCAGGGCAGAUGGCUGCCAUCACAGGGGGCUUGAAGCUCGGGCUCUCGGCAAAGAAAACAUGCAGUGAACAACUGUUAGAAUCGUUUAUACUAUUACUAUAAGAGGAUCGAAUAUCUGCACACACUCAAUGAACAAGUCUUUCAGUAAAGAAGUGACGCUGGAGAGUAGAGCUGAAACAAUUAGUCGAUUAAUCAUUUAGUUGAUUUUCUUAUAUUUUUACUCAUUAUUUAAGCUGAAUUAACAACCAUUGUCAUGUAUUACUUUAAGCUAAAUACAUUUGGGGUUUUAACUGUUGGUCAGAUAAAACAAACAAUUUGAAGAUGAUAAUGGGCAUGUUUCACUGUUUUCAGCCGUUGUAUAGCUCAAAUGAUUUAUCUAUUAAUUGAGAAGAUAAAUCAAUUAUAAAAAAUACUUUCUAUUUCUGCUCUAAGUGAGAUCAUACAGUACCUGCCUGCUGUAAAAAAUUAAUGCUGAUGAGGUUGUUUAGGUUACUUUGUUGUAUUUGUGAAAGUAAAAACGUCCCUUAUUUCAGAUGACUGGUCUGAUCAUCAUGUCAAUCGAAAUGUUUUUGCAUUUUAUUUUUUAAAAGCUAUAUAACCUUUUUCACAGAAGACAUUUUGACAUGGUAGAAUAAAUAAUAUCAACGAUGGCUGAAUUACAUUUAGCUGCCUCAGUUUCAGGGUCCUGGUGUUGUUCAUGCCGGCUCGCUGUCAUGAUUUACUGGGAUACGUCAACAGAACGAAGCCAUUAUAAAUGUUAUUAAUAACGCAUGUGCAAUCUUUCUACCAUGACCAUUUAAAAUGUCUGCUGUUAAAAAAAGACCCAUUGCACAUCAAUGAGCAACACAACAGAUUGACAUUAACUUUCUUUACUUGUAAAAAUAAUACACUCAGCCUGAAAUAAAUACUACAUGAGUUGUUGGUUUAACUUUAGUUUUUUGUGCUGAUUAAUUGUAUUGUAUCAACAAAAAGGAAACAUUAUAACCUCCAUGAAGGUAUUAGUUAUUGCAGGAUUGUAGCAUUAGACAGCAUUGAUGUGGUUAGGUGUAAUUAGUAUUACUCAUGACAUAUCUUUUUUCCACUAUUUGUUUUUGGUGUAUAUCUUUAAUAUAUUGUUAUGAACAUUUACACCACAUCAUAUGAAAUACUUUUCAAUAACAUGCACACAGGAAGUGUUUAUUUAGUUUUUCUCUUCACUUCACUGAUUGUUUUCUUCUUUUUCUUUGUACUUUUUCUUACAUUAUUGUUUAGUUGUGUCCUUAAAUUGAGGGGAGGUCCGUUGAGCCCAUGGAUUCAUGACCUCUCCCGACGUUUCUUAUUUUUCCACUAUCUGAAUUUCAUGCAGUCUUAGGUGUGUGCAACUGCAAAUAAAAA